CAGCUUCCGGGGCAUGCUAGUAGCCCGCCCUUAACAGAAGAUGUUGGCGUGCAAGUGAUGGUCGAUAGUUUGGAGGUUGGCCGUAUCUCGCAUAAAGGUGGCCUGUGGAACUACCAACUCUACUCCCAUUGUGGUGGAAGAGAACCAGCGAUCCAGGAGAAAUUGUAGCUCCGGGGAUCGGAUACGACGAUGGGGAUAAGUGGAGAGCAAGAGGAGCGAGGGAGCCGGAGCCAUUGACCGUAGUUCUCUCUUCUCCUUCUGCCUGAAGCUCCUCGAUCUUCUGGGGAAUCUGUGGGAUAGGAUUGAUUGAAAAAAUCGCCCUGUAUGCAACGGCAUCCACAUUACCACGUGCUACAUCUAGGUAUUUUGCUGGCCACUAUGUUUGUGUUAGUAGAAAUGACAGAUACAGUGCGAAUUCCUCCAUGGCAGUUUGAAAGAAAGCUUAAUCAUGCAAUCACUGAAGAGUUAAAUAAGAAGUUGGCCCAUAAGGUUGUGUAUAAUGUUGGCCUCUGUAUCUGUCUAUAUGACAACAAGCUGGAGGAUUCCUACAUAUUUCCAGGAGAUGGUGCAUCACACACAAAAGGUUUGACAACUAUAUCUAAGUUUGAUCUCUUCCGAUUUAUGGAGAAACUGAGAACCACAAGAUUCAGUAUUUUAUUAAAAUAUUUAACUCUAUUUUAUUUUUAUACAUUUAGAUAUGUUGUAUUUCAUCCAUUGGAUGAAAUUCUGGUCGGAGAGAUAAAAGGCUGCAGUCUUGAAGGUGUACAUGUUUCUCUUGGGUUCUUUGAUGACAUACUCAUUCCAGAAUCUCUACAACAGCCUGCCAAAUUCGAUGAAACGGAACAGGUAUGGGUUUGGGAAUAUGAGACUGAAGAAGGAGCGCAUGACCUGUACAUGGAUAUGGGAGAAGAAAUUCGUUUCCGUGUGGUGGAUGAAAAUUUCAUUGAUACAUCCCCAACAGGCCCAAGCUCUGUAGAGCCUACAUCUAGUGGCACUGAGGAGACACAGAAGAAAGAAGCACCCUAUACUAUUGUGGGAUCUAUCAGUGAACCCGGCCUGGGUCUCCUUUCCUGGUGGACUAACAGUUAGCUGAAGGUAAAGAUGGACAGUUACACUGAAAAAGCCAGGAGAUGCAUUGAUCAACAGUUGCAGAAUGGUAACUUUUCCCCCCAUUUCUGCUUUAUAUUAAAUCAAUCUGAUCGAGAUAUAGUAAAUAAAUGAGAGUGCCUAGUGGAAUGUCAUCAAACAGAAUAACUAUGCAUCCUAACUCUGGAACAUGACUGUAAUAAUCCUGAAGCUUUUAUCCACCAGAUCAGGAUAUAAGCGCCUGGGAAUGAUAUGUUAGCUGAAAAGCAAAAGAGAAGAGAAGAUCCUCUAAAUUAAAAAGUACAAAGAAAAAAUAUUCUGAAGGAUUGACCUCAUGCUGCUACAGUUCAUUAUGAAAAUAAAUGAUAAAAAAGACUGAUACUCAAAAAGCACCACUUAAUUUUUUCCCCAAAGGAUGGAAGGCCUGCUUGUUUUUUAAAUUCAGACAGGUUACAGUAAAAAUGUGGUAUAGCUAGGACAAUGAUCAAGUUGCUUCUUCUCAGUUUUGUAACAAAUCAUCAUUUGGAAGGGCUGCAACCACUGGAUAAAAUGAAAAUCUGAUUUUCUGCAAGAAUUGCAGUUAAAAUAGAAGAGAAUAUGUAUGGCUCAGGGAUGAACUGUUGACUCCUUGGUGUUCUAUGAGUUUUGUUGUUAGUUUGCACAAACAAGUAGCAUUGGUGUUAACAUUAUUAGAUGAUACUUAGUUGGGUAAAGUUAUGUUUGCAAGCAAACAAUCAACUCUAUCUAGAGAGCAGCAAGGACUCCGUAUUACCGUCAGAAAUUCUGCUUUAUCCAGACAACAAAGAAAACUUAUCUUUCUGUCUUAGAAAACAUACAACCAUUACUGUUUUUAGCAUAAAUAUUGCAGAAAGACAGAUGGCCUCCAAGGAUGUUCCAUUGAGAAGACAAAAUUUUACAUAAACACACAUACCUCUACAUGUUGCUAUAGCUCUUUUUCAACAAAAGAAAUUUAUAUGGAAGAAACUCCUAUUUGUCACAUGUUACUUGAAACAGCCCUAGACUGUUUUUAUUGCACUUUGAUAGAAAUUAAGAAUAUUAAAACAGUUCUAAUAUAUUAUCAAAAAACAUCCUUUUAGAACACCUGGUUCUUUCUGACUAUUUUCUAACAAGUAAGCAUCCCAAAUUCUAAGUUUUCAUGAUGCUCCAAUUCUGUGUUUGUGCAGGACUUUUCUAUUCUUGGUGUUAGUUUUCUGUUAUAAUUACCAUUGAGAUGCAAUGUUUUGCUUUUUAAUAUUGUGUAAUAUAAGUUGAUAGAAAGUUGUUAAGUGUGUGGAAAAAAUGAAUAAGUUUCAAGUCUAGCUGGUAACUUUACAACUAGGGUUUUUCUCCUACCUUUCAAAGAAAGGAUUUUGGACUAAAAGCAAUGAUUUCCACUGGUAUUAAAUUUCCCACUUUUUGCUUGUUAUUCCUUGAUGUUAUAUAAAUGUAUUUAGAAUUUUUAUAUUAUGCAUCAAAAUUUUGAUACUUUUUAUACAAAUACGAAAUUACUAAGAAUUGACAAUAAUUCUUAUGAUUUUUCUGACAAUUUCUGUGUGACACUUGCUAUUCUAUACCAGAUAUAUUGGACUAUGAUCUUUCAGUGUUUUAAGACUGGGUUCUGUUAAAUUACUUCCACAUGUACCAUAUAUCUGCUCUUCCUUUGGCAGAUUUUUUUUCAUUAAUAGAUGCUCAUUACUAAAUGCAAUCCUUGAAUCUGGAAUAAAUUACUGAAUAAUGUAA